AUGGCUGACCACAACCUAUCUAGCUCCCCUCCAACCGCAGAGGCGGAACAGGCAAGUAUCGCUUACUACUGCCUGGUCGAUUUCUGCCCUGCCCUAAAUGGCUACGACAGCGACUACCACAGCCGUCUCCUCGAUCUAUUGGAGAACGGUUGCUACACCGUCUGGAAGGACUCCUUCCAGGGCAACGAGGAAUAUCAACAGCGCCCGGGCUGGUUCCGCGUCCACGUCAGCGCGGAAGUCCCAGAGGACAAGCAACACAAAGUGGUAAUCGAUAUCGUCCGGGGAAGGAUCAUCCAUAAUCGGGAGACCGCGCUCCUCAUGGAGAAUUACCCUGAGCACAACAGAUGUGCGGCUGACUUUCCGGGAUAUCGACAGGGAGAUGAAGCGGAUGAUGAUGGCAGUGUCGUCGGGCGGGUUCAGAGAUAUCUUGCUAACCUCCAGGGUUGGCCUGUGUUUCCUGAUACUUUUUGA